AUGAAGGUUUUAAUAGCUGACCUUUUCAGUCAAUCAGCCAUUGAAGAAAUCCAGCUCUGUGGCAUCGAACUUGUCUAUAAACAUCAGCUCAAUGGAGAUUCCUUGGCAUCCGAAUUAUCCCGCUUCGCUCCUGAGAUCCUGGUCGUCAGAUCAACCAAAGUUACAUCUCAGCAUAUUAACGCUUCCCCAACUUUGGAAUUUAUCAUUAGAGCAGGCGCCGGAACUGAUAAUAUUGACUGUCGAGCAGCUAAUAAUAAAAUGGCGACGUCGUGAAAUUCCUCUUCCGAGGAAUUUCUCUCCUUGCCCAUUUUAUUAUAGGGUUCAAUUUUCCCGGUGAGACCUUAUCUACAAUAUCAGGUAAGCAACGGGGAGGGUGCACAGCCUCCUGGUCUGAUCCAUAGAUGUUUGGUGGGCAUAGGGAUUUUCUGCUUGAUACUUCCGAGGAGGAAGACCCAUAGGCGGCACAACGCGCAGGAGUCAAGUUUUGAGCAAGGCAACGCAGCCCGUGUGAUCUGGCCUUCGACUGGCCUUCAGUUGUUUUGGAUGGUCUGAACACCCGAUAAAAAGGGUGACAUCGGAAAUUCCCGGUGACGUCACUAGUUGGAGUCUACUGGGGUGAGCCCUUGUGGCUUUGUUAAAUCACCCUGCUGAACCGGAGAAGCACGCUAAACACUCUAAGUAAUCUAAGUUCUAAGACUGUCGAGCAGCUAGUGGCAAAGGUAUUUAUGUCGCAAAUUGUCCUGGGAAAAACUCAAUAGCGGUCGCAGAACUUGUGCUAGGGUUAAUGCUGGCUAUUGACCGCAGAAUCCCUGAAGGAGUAUCCCUUUUAAAGCAAGGCAAAUGAAAUAAAGGCAUGUUUUCUGAAUGUUCUGGGCUAAAAGGAAGAAAAUUAGGAAUCAUUGGUCUAGGGGCGAUUGGAAAAGAAGUGUCUGUCCGAGCCAAAAGUUUUGGUCUCGAAGUCUAUGGGACUGACCCAUCUGUAACCCCAUCCCAAGCCCAAUCUCUCGGCAUCGAAUACUGUCCUUCAGCCUUAGACCUGGCAAGGAUCAGUGAUAUUAUAACUUUUCACGUCCCAGCCACCCCAGAAACCCGAGGACUUAUUAAUUCUGCCUUUAUUUCCAAUUGUAAAGAAAAUGUGACGUUAAUUAAUACAUCUAGAGGAGACAUUGCAAAUGAACAAGAGUUGCUAUAUGAACUGAAUCAAAGGCCAGGGCUUUGAUAUGCUUGUGAUGUAUACCAGGGUGAGCCAGCAGCUAAAGAGGGGGAUUUUAUGCAUGCCCUGGCUCAGCAUCCUAGAGUAUAUGGAACUCAUCAUAUUGGGGCUUCUACAAAACAAGCAGAAAAUGCUAUCGGGCAAGAAGCACUGAGAAUGAUCCUUAUGUAUUAUCGUACAAGAAAAGUAGACCCUAGUAAUUUAGUAUUCUAAAUUUACUAUUAAAAUUAUAAUUUUAUAGUAAAAAAUUUAUAUAAAAUAAUAAUAAAAAAAUUAAUUUUGCAGAAAAUAUUUAAAUAAAAUAGUAUAAACAUGCAAGUCAGGCCACUUGCUAAUUAUUCUGUCAUAGUCAGACACUAUGGGCAGCAUGGAGCGCUUACCACACUUAUGGAACUUUUAAAAGAAGCGGAGUUCAGAAUUCUGGAUUUUGAAAAUAAAGCGUUCAAAGAUGGUGCUUCCUUUAAGGCGAUCAUAAAUAUUGACUGCAAUAAUCCGUUGUAUUUGGAAGGGAUAGUGAAAAUUCUUUCUGAACAAGAAGAUGUAAUUCAUUGUAAUGUCGUCCAUCUUUAA